UAACCCGGAAGUAGUUAGUCGGCACCAAACAACAGGCUGCCUUGUUAGCUUGUUUGCUGGCGGCAAACCUCUUUAGGAAGUUCCAGUAAUUGUUUUUGGCAGAUGAGUCUGACAGACACGAUGCGGUGUGUUGGAUGUUUGCAGUGGAAGGGUAGCAUGUCUAAAGUCUGAGAGCUGGUCGUAACCUGAACCUAGCUAGCUAAGCUUGGCUAAUGAGGCCAGAAGCUACAACGUAUCUUCUAGUUAACGUGGAUGUUUGAUAGCAGACUGAGCUGGAGUCAGUGGAGGGUAGUGACGUUCCUUAGAAACAACAGCUGUUGCCCACUUCUUGCCACAUUUUGGGGCAUGUUGUUAAGGCUAACGAGAGCGACUGUAAUUUGGUGUUAAAACUGUGGGAGGUUGGAUUGAAUGGUUUAGCUAUCAGCUGAAUAACCGAAGAGGGAAGUGCAGUCAUGGACGAUUUUAGCUCGAUCAGCCUGCUGUCUCUUGCGAUGUUGGUGGGAUGUUACGUGGCCGGGACAAUACCUUUAGCUUUCAACUUCUCAGAGGAGAAGCUGAAGCUGAUCACGGUGCUGGGAGCUGGGCUGCUGUGUGGGACUGCACUGGCUGUUAUCAUCCCAGAAGGAGUCCAUGCACUUUAUGAAGAAAUCCUUGAAGGCGAACAUCACAGCCACGGUCAGGUCGGAGUGGCCGAAGCAUCUCAGGCCAAGGCGGAGGGCGAGGCGGCUCUGGGCGCCGGCGGGAAACACGAGCACGGCCACGAGCAGCUCCACGCCUGCAUCGGGGUGUCUCUGGUCCUGGGCUUUGUCUUCAUGCUGCUGGUGGACCAAAUAGGCAGCUCUCACGUCCACAACACCGAAGACCCGGAGUCGGCCAGGGUCGCCUCCUCAAAAAUCACCACCACCCUCGGCCUUGUGGUCCACGCUGCAGCGGACGGAGUGGCGUUAGGAGCUGCUGCUUCAACCUCUCAGACCAGCGUCCAGCUCAUCGUGUUCGUAGCCAUCAUGCUGCAUAAGGCCCCGGCGGCGUUCGGCCUGGUGUCGUUCCUGAUGCACGCCGGACUGGAGAGGAACCGGAUCCGCAAGCACCUCCUGGUCUUCGCCCUGGCCGCGCCCGUCCUCGCCAUGAUCACAUUUUUAGGCCUCAGUCAGAGCAGCAAAGAGGCCCUGUCGGACAUCAACGCCACCGGCGUGGCCAUGCUCUUCUCUGCCGGCACCUUCCUCUACGUGGCCACCGUCCACGUCCUCCCUGAGGUGGGGGGCGGGGGCCACAGCCACGCUCCCGCCGGAGGCAACGGAGGGAAGGGACUGAGCAAGGUGGAGGUGGGGGCUCUGGUUCUGGGCUGCCUGAUCCCCCUGGUGCUGUCCGUCGGCCACCAGCAUUAAACCCAGCGCGGAUUAAAUAAAUUACAGGUGUACAGGAGGGGGGAGGGGUGAUGAAACGGACUAUAAACGUUUGAAAUUUAAAUGUCUCAUUGCUUACUGUCUGUGUAUGGACCUUGUAGACCGGUUGGGGAGUCUCGCGAGGACUUCAUGCGAGUUUGAAAAACAAACUUCCGAAAGGAAAUUUAAUGGCAUCGGAGGAGCCGGAGCGGAAAACACGAUACAGCUACCGUAUGUGCGUGGUUGUCCCACCAGAAAUCCCACAAGACAGCUUUUCUUUUUUUUUUUUUUUCCCCAAAGCUCAUUCAGAUCCGUGUGGAAUUUCCUCUGUUGCGUCAUCAUGCUUCUCCGAACUCCGAGACCCAGCUCAGAUUUUUUUUUUUUAUUUUUUUUUUUUAAGGUGUUAUCUUUGACUAGAGGGCAGUUGCGAAGUGAAUUUUAAAACGGAUUAAGCUUGUGAUACUUAAAAAAAAAAAAAGUGUAAACAACCUUCUUUUUAAAACUUUUUUAUUUAAUAGAACUGUUAUUUUUUGUUUUAAGUGCCAUAUUAAACGAGUGUGAAACACACAUUCUCCAACCAGGACCGCAGUCUUAGAAACAACCCGAUGGGCAAGAGUAACCAGCUCCAUAUUUCUAACAGUUUUUUUUUUUCUUUAAAUCUAUGCUUGUCUGUUUAAAUUUAAGUGUGUGUUUUGUUUUUUCUUCCUUUUUUUCAUGGUGAGAAACCUGGCUUCAGGUGAUACCGGCGUGUUUUUUUUUUUUUUUUUAAACAUUUUUUCCUGCAAGAUUCCCGGUCCAGUCUUCAUAAUCCUGAGCUUGCCUUAGGAAAAGAGCCAAUCAACUUAUCAUUUUAAACAUUUCAAAAGCGACACUUUUGCUUUGUUUAGUUUCUGGAUAGAAUCUCUUCUGUUCUGUUCUCUUCUCUUUGACCUGUAAAUGAAUUGCAACACAGCCCGUGAGGAAAAAACAAAUAUCUGUACAUAAUUGUCUUAAGUGAUUGUAUACAUUUAAAAGUGGAGGGCUAUUUCAGCGGCUGUGAAUGAUUGAAAGAGUUUGAUUGUUUUUUCUUUUUUCAUGGAGGGAAAUGUCCUGGGUUGAAAACCAAAACAGGGACCACUGUAUCAGGAGAACAGACACAUGUUACUGUGUGGCUGAAAAAUAUAAAAUGGGGUAAAAUGUUCUCCCCCCCCCCCACCCCUUAACUUAAUAGUGCAAUCAAGUUUUGAUACAUGUACAGAGCGGCACUUGUGAUGGGAUUCAUAUAUCCAAACCUGUUUGAUGUUCUUGAACGCAGCCCUCUCCCAGCUUCUCUUUGCAGUCUCGCACAGAAAUGGUUGGAAAUGUAAGCCGGCUGCACGCUCUUCCAUCAGGACUUUUGGGCUUGGUGAGCGUUACUGUAUCAAUGUGCCGGCUCAUGUUUGUAUAUGUGUUAAGUUGUGUAUCUAUAUUGUACAGAACAACUCCUUUCUUUCACAGGAUCUGUUUAUUCACCUUUUUAUUUUCUUUCUUUUUUUUAAAAAUACAAAUUUCUUAUUCUGCAUUUUUGGAACUGAAUGGACUUUGCAAUACUGACUCGACACUGAAUUCUCUUUUAGAAGUAGUAGUUUUUAUGGAUUUGCAUUAAGGAUUUACGCCCUCGCUUGUCGAUUAAUUCCAGAUUAUAGGAUGAGAAAAAACCCAUCAUGACAGUUGAAGUAUUUUCAUUUAAGGCUGUGAGAGAAAGCAGUGGAUUGCAACAGACUAGAUUCUUUUAAGUCUUAUUAGUUUUUUUUUUUUUUUGGGUGUAAAAGGGAAAUAUCCUAGCUGUUGAUUUACAACUGGGCAUGUUUGUGAAGUUUCAUCUUCCUAACGUAGCAUCAGAAUCCAAAAAGAAAAAAGAGAAGUCUAAUUUUCAGGCAGCGGCUCCAUACACAAUCCUUUUCUCUGCGUUCAUGGCUAAGAAAAUGAUCAAACAGUCGAAAUAUUGCAAUAUUCUUCAUUAGCAACAGGGUCUGCUACAGAAAAAAAGGAUACAUUCCAGAAUUGUUGACUUAAACUUUAUCAGACAAUUGGUGUUUUCACUUUGGAGAGUUUUAAUAGAUUUGUGCAUGUUUCUACCAACACUUAAGAUCUCAAUAAACCAAAAUCCACAUACCCAAAGGAGGUAGUUUGCAACAAAAAUGCCCCAGAAAACUGCGGAAAUUGAGGCAAAACUUUGGUUCAAUAGUUUUGAAGAUCAGCAGGCUUAAAGUCGGCCCUAAAAGGGAUUAUAUCUGGAAAAAAAACUAAUCCAUGAUCUGAUGAUAGCUGGUGCAUUAAACUCAACAAAAGACAAGGCUCUUCAUGUUUUCUUUUUUCUUUUUUUUUAGGUGUUUCAGGCAUGAGUCCGUUUGAUAAGUUAAAGCUGGCAAUACUGAGCUUUUAUUUGGCUGGGAGCUCUGACCAUUGAAAUCUCAAAUAUUUCUACACUUUGUAAACCUGUCAGUGCAUUUUUAAAGUCAGAGACCUCAUUUCCUCUGAAGUCACAUUUCUAAAGAGCAUUUUCAACUGAUUGAUUGCUAAAUUUAUGAAGACAGAAGAGCCGGGAGAAAAAAAUCCACUUUUUCUUUUUUCCUCAUCAUUGCCGACUGGGACCAGAGGUCAUUUGUUUAAUUUCUGUCAUUCCAGAAUGCGUUGGCCUUAUUUACAAAGCUAUGUAAACAAGAAAUGUGUUUUAAGAUGCCA